AUGGUUUUCUUCCCAGGUCGUUGCCUUUACUAUGGCCCCUAUGUUCUGCCUAAGAUUGCUCUCACCCAAGCUCACUUCUCAACCUUCGGAUAUGAAACGUCCCAUCACUUUUCUGGCAUCUUCUUUGACGCUAUGGCCUCCUCUCCUGGUUGGGCUAAGACCAUAGGCGUCACACUGGAGCCAAACCCCCAAGAAGCCAAGUAUACUCCCACAACCCUAUCUAUCCCCGCGCUGAAAUCACUCGAACCGAGAUACUUUUUGUCUGCGAAUCCUUAUGGUGUCCUUCUGAGCAAAUCUGCUUUCGCCGGGGCUAGAACCUUACGGGCACAGAAGCAUGGAUCACGAUAUACUGGUCUAUUAGCUACUAUUGCAGAUGAAUCGGUGCUGACUCUGGGGCAGUGGGACCCUAGUCAGUUGGAUACAAUAUCCCUUCUCUACAGUAAAGAAUAG